CGGGAUGCAUUUUUCCCUCGGAUUUCUUCAAGUAGAUUAUAUAUAUAUUAGCUGAGUUUCGUUUCUUUUUAUAAUUGGUUCAAUUCAUCUUUCACCUUGUGGAGAUCCUUAGAUUUUAAAAGAUUCAUAUUGGGUUUUGUAUUUGUUUUGAAGUUCUUAAAUCUUUUACCAUGGGCGUCAAUAAGAAAACCAAACUAAAGUCCCUCUCACAAGGUCGACCACCAACGAUCAAGAAACCAGCUCAACGUAUAUCAAGCAAAGCUACUCGAACUAUUAUUCGUAAUCAUCAUACGUUGGAGAAACGAAAGGCUAAAGCUUUAGCUGAGGGAGACGAAAUUACAGCAGCAGCACUAACACGUGAAAUUGCUUCACAGGGUGGAUUGGAGAGCUAUCAACGUGCAAGUCUAAUCGGACAGGGCAAUGAUAGAGGUGGUGAUAGCAGCAAAAUCUUGAUGGACUGGCUAGCGCCGCUAUGUAAAGAUCUCAAGGGUUUAGCAGAGAAGAACUCGCCAGUCCGCAUGUUGGAAGUUGGAGCACUGAGUACUACAAACGCUUGCUCAAGAAGUCAUACCUUCCAUGUUGAGAGAAUUGAUCUAAAUAGUCAGUCGGAGGGAAUUACACAGCAAGACUUUAUGGAACGACCGCUACCAAAAGAUGAGACCGAGAAAUUCAACAUUAUCAGUCUUUCCCUUGUGUUGAAUUAUGUUCCAGAUGGCGUAGGCAGAGGUAAUAUGUUGCUCCGGACUCGAAAAUUCCUGGAAACAAUCUGUCCGGCUGGUGAAGGAUUCCACGAAUGGUUUCCUGCAUUGUUCUUGGUCCUGCCAUCGCCUUGUGUGAACAACUCUCGCUAUAUGGAUGAAGCCAAGUUAGAAGCGAUUAUGGAGAGCUUGGGAUACUUUAUGGUAAAGAAGAAGCUCUCGAACAAGCUAGUAUAUUAUCUCUGGCGUCUACAAUCACCAUCAAUGAAACCACGACAAUGGAAGAAGGAAGAGAUUCGGGCUGGGGGUAGUCGCAACAAUUUCUCGAUUGUGCUUAAGAAUUGAGCAAGUUUAGAGGGAGAGACAGUUGACAUUAUACAUCGUAUGUUGAUAAAUCAGUCGCGGCCAGUCUACCCAACUUCAAGAUCAUAUCAAUGUACAAAUUCAGAUAAUGAUCGUCGCAAGCAACACGGAUACCUGGCAAUGAAUAGAAUGUUUAACUGGCCCCCGCACAUUGGAGGAGCGACAGCAAGAUGCAGACCGGGCUACUCGGACUCCAAAUUUUAUAUGGUGGGUCAGCUAUCCUCGAGAAACAUUUUGCUCUCUCCUGAUAAAUAUAUAGACGAGACGAAAAAGCACGCAAUCAAGUGUCAAGACGGUGCUGGUUAACGUUUUAUAAUGCAGAACAGUCAGAAUCAUGCCUUCGGAGGUGGGGAGUGGAGAGGAGGUACACUUUUCGGGCAAUAUGUUAUCUGCCUCAUCCAUGGAUACCCUUUUCCG